UAGCUACAUUUUUAAUCAGUUCCAUGAUAAAAUGGCAUUAAACAAGCAAGCUCUUUUGAAGAAUACAAGUAGACUACCGCCAAUGCCUCCAAGAGGUGUACCCACGGGAAGGCCUUCAAAUGGGAAACCUCAUGGAUUUGGAGCAAGAAAACGAGACUUCACACCCUUGCCUUGGAGCAACUACUUUGACAGCUUUGAAGAUGUAGCACUCAACAGUGAUGAUAUUUUUAGAGUUUACAAGAAAGGUAGCGAGGGUCCUGUGGUCUUCUUUCUUCAUGGGGGUGGACAUUCAGCUCUUUCAUGGGCUUUGCUCGCACAACAGUUGUCUGGCAUGGUGAAAUGUAGAGUGGUUGCCAUGGAUAUGAGAGGACAUGGAGAUACCUGUACAUCUCAUUCUGAGGACCUCUCUGCUGAUACUCUUGCCAAUGAUAUUGGUGCUGUGAUAGCCAAGAUGUAUCCAGGCGAUGACGGCCAACCAAUCAUCUUAGUAGGGCAUAGUAUGGGUGGAGCCAUCGCUAUUCAUACAGCCGUCAAGUUUCUUGUUCCAUCUCUACUGGGUCUAGUGGUCAUCGAUGUUGUGGAAGGUACAGCGAUGGAUGCCCUUCAGUCUAUGCAGAGCUUUCUUAGAGGCAGGCCGAAGCAGUUCAAAUCCCUGGAAUAUGCAAUAGAAUGGGCAGUUAAGACAGGUCAAAUCAGGAAUGUAGAAUCUGCAAGAGUUUCCAUGCUUGGUCAAAUAAUACAAACAAACAAAGUUAUUUCCAAUUCUCUUUCUAUCACUUGUAAACCAAGAUGUUCAGAAAUAGAAGACUCUAAAGCAACAUCCACAGAAGCCGGUGCACCAGUACCGAGUGUGUCUAUAACUGAUGUCAUUACAGAGGAGGAAGAAUCAAGUGAGUCAGUGCCUCAGAGUUCAACUCAAGCUACCGCUUCUGCAUCCUCUUCAAGCCAGGAAAGCCAGACCCCCUAUAAAUGGAGGAUAGAUCUUGGUAAAACAGAACAUUACUGGGAAGGCUGGUUCAAAGGAAUGUCAAAUCUCUUCCUGUCCUGCAAUGUUCCCAAGAUGCUGAUAUUAGCUGGUGUGGACAGACUGGACAAAGACUUGACCAUUGGUCAGAUGCAGGGCAAGUUUCAGAUGCAGGUCUUACCUCAGUGCGGUCAUGCAGUGCAUGAAGACCAGCCACAUAAGGUUGCUGAUGCUCUAGCUACGUUUAUAACUAGGCACAAAUUUGCAGAGGCCAUCGGUGCAUUCGAAAAACCUUCCCCUUGCUGUUGAUGGUGGUCUUUUGGGACAUGAAUCCAAAUGGGUGAUACCUCUGACAAGGAAACGCUGUGAUCUUGUUCUAAAGUGAAAGGAGUUUCUAUAAUUUCUUGGUACAAGACUAUGAGAAACAGAGAGUACCGUCGCCGAUGUAACCAAAAGCAGUUUCUGGUAUCCCACAUAGACUAUGCAUGGAGGACGGUAUAGAGGACAAAUAGCAGUUGCUCCUUAUCUCCAGAAGCUACUGCAGAAUUAGACAGAUAUAAUCGUCUGGUAUGGGUCAUUCUUAAAUACAACUGACUUUUGUGUAUAGAGUCAGUCAGAGGAGCCAGAGGUAAUCUCAGCGGAACCACUGCCGAUAUCAGAGACUGAAACUUUUGGUCUACUGCAGAAUGUGCUUUGGUUUGAGUGGUACUGGUACAUGGCUCUCUGGUUUGAAGUGAACCAAUAUUCCUGCUCGGAUUUUCUUUUGAGAAUUUUGCUUAGAAGCUGGAUGUCAGAUAGAUAUAUAUGCAAAUGCAGAUGUGUUAGUAUUUUUGUGUAGAUAAUAAGCCAGUUUAUAUUUGCAGUCUGAGCAUGAGCAGAUAAAGGUCAUUGCAGACGAAACUGUGAAACACACAGAGACGGUGCACUUCAUGAUACACAGGUGGAAGUAUUCAUUCAAAAGGGGAAACAGGCUAUUUAUGUAGUACCUCCAUCGCUGUACAAAGUGGGACCUCUUCAUGUUUUGAAGAUCUGUGGAUAUUCGGGGUCAUGUUUUGAAGAUCUGUGGACAUUCGGGGUCAUUUGGGACAUGUGCUAACCGUGAACUGGUCUAUUGCCUUUGCAAUGAUGCAUGAAAAAAGUAGAAUGAGGCUCAUUUAUGAUUGGAAUCUUUCUUCCAGCAAUGGUAGAGAAGGUUCAGUUUGUUUUAAAGUUGUGAGGAGUCGGUUCAUAUCUUGCUCUGUUAGUAUUGCUACUCCUCAGAGUGUUCCAAGGCUUUUAUCUUCCGAGCUGAAUUCUUCUAAAGAAAAAAAUGGUGGUUUCUUAAAUCAGUGGUACUUUCUACUCAAGAAAACAAUUGUAAGAAAAGCCGUCUCCACACAAUAAGCAUAACUUGGGUCCUUACCAAAAUGUGAAUGUUUUUUUGAAACGUUCAAAUGUCACUUCUCUUUUGUACAAUUUUCCUUUGGCUUAUUGAAAGAUCCGAAAGGAGAUUGGUUAAAAUAUUGUAUUUCCAGUGCGAUUGCAGUGUAUUCCUUUUAAAGUGUAGAAUAUGCAUGUUAUCUGUUUGGAAUACUUUUCUUGUGUGUUAGAAAUCAGAGGUAGGUUAAUGUUCUCCAGCCAGGAAUGAACAACAGUGUAUUAUGAUUAUUAUGAUGGUGAAACUUGAAGAGAAGAUAUAUUGAUAGCUCAACUAUCAUAAUUAUUCUUUAAAUGGCAAAAUUCAUUACAUUCUCUUCAUAAGAAGCAACUAGAUGUUGACUUACACCAUAAUCCAUAGGCACUGUUUGUGACAAUAUAAGUUUGAAGUCAGAAAAUAUCAGUCAAAAUUAAUGAAAGAAGGUUACAUGCUACAUUGCUAAAAGAAGCGCAGCGGGCAGUUAAGUAAUUUGUGUCCGCAUUAAAUCUAAAUUAUGAUCAUUUGAAAGUGUCUAUCUUAAUGUCUAAUUCUAUUCUCUUAAUAAAGAGGCAGCUAGAUGUUGACUUAACAUCAUAAUCAAUAGGCACUGUUUGUGAAGAUAUAAGUUUGAAGUCUGAACAUCAGCCACAAUUAAUAAAAAAACAUGCUACAUCGAUAAAAAAAGCGCAGCGGGCAGUUAUUAAGUAAUUUGUGUUGAAAUAUCAUUGUAGGCUUCUAAAACAUAUAAUGUAAAGUCUUAUGUUUUUUUCUAAUAUGUAUUUAAGUUGCAUUAAUUCAAAUACGCCUUAAAAAGUCUGAAAUACAAUGUUUAAAGAAAAAAUAUUUUUGGGGAAACUGCAUGAAGUUUGUAUUAGACUUUUUUGAAAGUAUGCUCUGCAUUAAAUCUAAAUUUUGAUCAUUUGAAAUUGUCUAUCUUAAUACUGUCCAAAGACAUUCGUUAAUGUUUAAUAUUAUGUACAUCAUUUAUGUUAUUUAUAUUUCUUUUGUUAUGUAUAACAGCAUUAUUUAUAGCAUUGAUGAGACAAAUGAAAAUACAUGUAUAAUACAAAUGAAUCAGAUAACAAUUAUCUUGAUUUUAUUCAAUAAAAUCUUAUCUCUUCAAAUAUAAGUGUGUACAUU